AUGGCAAAGCUCGACACGAAAAACGAUCUGAACCGCGUUGGUUUGUUCUCAGAGCUUGGAUACAUUUCGAUUGGCGACCCUUACAAGCGACAAAGUACAAGUAAGUAGACGAUUUUCUCCAUUUUAAUCUGCGUAAUUUCCAUUCUAAGUGUAAUAAAGGACGUGAGUUCUGCUUUUUAGCUUUUGUAAAGCCGGACAUGGAAGAAAUGAUGGUCUUCGUUGUUGUUUUUACAAGUUUGUUUGCAUUGUCAUAACAUAUUGUUCUACUGUUAGGCUUUCGUGGACACUAUACAUAAUUUAGGUAGAAAACCUUUUAACAGAAGAAAAAGAAAAAUAUGCAACAACUCUCACAUCCUUGCACUGGUGGUCAUUGAAUCCCCGGUCGUUUUAUUUUCGUUUAUGCUUGACAAUAGAUCUCUGAAGAGACACCAUGCAGUAAGUUAUGGAUGCCUUGGAUAUACACACUGUGGCUUAAUAAAAACAAAAUCAAGAGCCAUAGGAAAAAACUCAGUCUGUACUUAAGACAUUACAGACCUCAAACCUGUAUCAGUAAAUAGUAAAAUUUAAUUGUAAUUAUGUUAAUUGGAGUGAUGAGUAGUGUAUUUGGCAGAAAAAAAUACUCUGAAUAAUAUUAUGCUAAUGCUCUUUGUACAAAAUUCCCACAGAUUUCAAUGUGGCAGCUCACAAAGGAAAACAGAUGCUUCCUGGGGGAAGUAAAACGAGAUCAGCACUUCAAGCAGGAUACUUUGAUCAAAAAUUCAAUAGAAUAAUGGAAGGUGAAGCAUUCUCUGAUCCAGUAAAGCGAAGACGACAACAAAAACUCAAGAGCUCAAAGCUUAACUUAGGAAAGGCUUUUGUUCCAAGCAAUGGAGAGAAACUACCGUAAGUUUUGUAUUGUCAAUGUAUUACAUGCAUAAUUUAGACAUCAAGUUUUGUUUUACUCUAUUUCAAACCAAUUAAAAGGGCUUGAAAACCAUUUUAAGGGAUUUUGCCUUCCCCUACUCACCCCCUCCCCCCCCAUCAUGCAAGCUGUUUCCCAGAAUCCCCUUUAGCUAGCAUGCCUCAAUCACAAGUUACUUUUGUUGAUUGGUUGGUUGAUUGAUUGGAAAAAUCAAUAAUUGAUUAUACAAAGUACAUAUUUCUGUUGAUCAAUAAUGCAAGAUCUACCUUAGAAUGAAUAAUGAAUUACCACUAUAAAUUUUAAUUUAUAGUACUGUAGUAAUUCAAAAGCUGGUAAAUAUGACGGAAUAGAAGGGAUGGGCAAGUGUGCCUGGGAAUACUGACAGAAACUUCAAAACGGUUGAUCAAACCUGAAAGCCUCCAUAAAUAAAGUGCUAGCCACAAAGUCUUGAUAUUGUAUAAUUUUUUAAAUUUGUCUCCAAGCUUCAAAACCUUUUUGCCAUCAGGACUCAGAUUGUAGAACAAGGAUUCAGUAGUGUGACCUGGUUUAUGGCUUGUAGUUUUUUUGAUUGCGAAAUGUUAAGCAUUGUUGUGUAACUUCCCCUUAUUCGCCUACUUCCAACCCUUUUAGGACUCUUACCUCCUACCUUAUCCUCUCCCACCUCCUGUGCCCCUGCCACCCCUAUUCUGUUGGGCUUCCACGGUGUUCUCCCUAAAUUUUAGCUCAGGAGGUAAGGGACCAUUCAUAGCUGGUAAGGCAGAAAAUAUGCACUCAUAUGCAUAUGAGGUGCACUUUCCUGGGGGCAGGGGGGUAGUGGAGUGCGGGACAUGGCCCCACCCUUAAUGUAGGGAAAUUUAUGAGCUUAAGUCUCUAAAACGUCAUUCCCUCAUUUUAAGACCUAUUUUACACUAAUCUGCCAUCCACAUGUUCAUUCAUUUCCUUGUGGCAUGUGAGAAUCGGAUUGGAUCGGAUCACAACUUGUGCGUUUCUUGAAAGUACUUCUUUAAUUUAGGAAAAUGUCAGGCCAUUGCAGGCGGUAACAAGUGUUGCUUCAGAUGGGAAAAAUUACUGGUUACCGCCUGAUGAGAAGAACACUGCUUCCAACCCCAAGGGGGGACAUGAAUUAGACAGGAGGCAUUUAAAGGAGUCUCUUAAUCAAACUUCACAUUGUAGGGGGGUGUUUUUUAGACAAGAAGCAUUUAUUUGAGACUUGGCGUCAUUAACAUUAUUUAUGGUACAUGUAUUUCUUGGUUGACAAUUAUUGACUGUCUAUAGUUCAGGGGCUGGAAAUCAUUAUGGAACAUUCAGUGGACCCAUCAAUGCCUUCAGUCCGGUUUCAAAAGGGAAGAAAGCAGCAGAUUCACCAGGAAAGAACUUCCUAACAAAUCCACCAAAGAAAGGAACCGGUUAUGGCUAUCUUCAUGUCACCAUUGGUGCCCCUCCAAAAUACAUGUCAGAUGCUUUUGAACGUGCCAGAGAAUUAAGAAAGGUGAUUGGAUGAUAUAUACAUGAAGACACUUCAAAAAAUAAAAUAGAGUUAUCAAUUAAAUUAAAUAUUACAUAACCAAUAAUACAUUAGUGUAAAAACUCGUGCUCUGUACUGGCAAUUAGCUGCAUUCCCAACUUCCAACCUUAGAUUUGUGUUUUAAAAAGAAAAACUAAAAAAAAAACAUACUGGAGUUUGCUGAAUCUUCAUGGUUCAUGAACUGUGAGCUUAAAUUUUACAUUGUAAGGUUUUCCACUGUAGUGUUUAUUAUAUUCUUUCAUAAUGACUUUGGUCACACUUUAGAGAGUUUAAUUUUGAUUUAGGCAAAAAUUUUCUUAUUACCCACAAAUGGUUGGCAUUAUUUCAGUCGCAACUGAGCAAAGUCGUGUCAAAUUUGUCACAACAGCAUCUUUGACAAUGAUGUGUUAGCUAAUAGUUUUGUAUGGAAAAGUGAAAAAGUGAACUUUGGUACAGAGAGAAAAUGUGGGUUAUAGAAAUUAAAGGUUGGGGUACUCCAAUUUUGUAGUAAUUGUCCCAGGUUUGUGACUUGCUGAAUUCUAAAAACUGUUCAUAAUAAAUACAUAUGAUUAACUGUUUUGUUUACAGAAAGAAAUGGAAGCAAGUUUUAAAGCAAGAAAAGGAGGACCAUAUAAACUUAAUCUCCACCCAAAAGCCUUUUUUGAUGGAAAUCCAUACAAAAGUGACAGACGUAAGUACUUUUCUUUGUCAUGACGUUCAUUGAAGGUGCUGUCUGUAGUGGGAGGGGUGUACUCCUAAUACAAGGUCAUGUAAUGGAGUGCAGGGAUUUCACAAAUUUAUUGAGGUAUAGGAAAAAGAAAAGUUUGGAGUGAUUGACCAAAAAAUGUUUAACACCAUCUUUAAAAGUUUCUCAAAGAGACUUUCCCAAUGGCUGAUCCACUGAUAUUAGUUUUUACAUUUUUUAUUAAAGUGGUUACAGUUGUAUGUAAAAGACAAGUGAGUAACACGUUUAAUUUCUUUGUUAUCAACCAAAAUGCUGCUACAGAGUGUUUCUUGCAUUAUACAGAUUUUUAAUCUAAUUUUUCUCGCCUCUUUUUAGCACUUCCACCACUGAAAGAAACAAGAAAACCACCAGAGGGCCUUAAACCUUUUAAACCUAGUUCUCCACCCAAAGAGGUUAGCAUUGUGUAAAUAAUAAUAAUAAUAAUAAUAACAUCAUCAAGCAUUACUUUUCAUUUCUCCUGCAAAUGAUCAAUGUCCCACUUUAUCUCUUUUUUUCCCAAGAUCUAGUUUAACCCUUUCACUCCACCAAAAACUUCCCACAUUUGAUUUUGCCCAAUGUGAAAACACAAAAAUUGUACAAUUUGAAAGAACUGACAAGGAGGUUUCAUUUGGAUGGUGACACCAUGAUAGUGUUUUGUCCAUAACCUAAAAAGUUAGAAGUACUGUAUCACAGUAUAUACUAAAUAAAUAGGACCAUGUGAAAAUACUGCUGAAGAGGUUUCAUUGAAAUGGUAACACCAUAGGAUUUCAUCCACAGACUCAAAAGUUAGAACUACACACUAAAUAAAUAUAGCACCAUGUGAAAGUACUGCUGAAGAGGUUUCACUUGAAUGGUCACACCAUAGGAUUUGAUCCACAGACUCUAAAGUAAGGACUACUCCACAGGGCUCCGUCAUUCACUCUGGGUGAAAGGUUAAAAUUACUAUGUAUUGCUUUUUCAGAUUGGUGGCAUGAAGGCUGGAUGCUUUGACAAUUAUCCAUCACACUCUGAAGAUCCUUACAUGGUAAAAAAGAAGAAAGCAAGUGACGCAGAAAAAAGAAUCUUCAGACCCUCACAGGGUCCCAAAUCAACACCAAUGCGAUCAAUUAUCAAUCAAAAUGUACACAGACGAAUCAACAACUUAAAUUUCAGGCAGCCUGUUACUGUAUCAAUUUAAUGUGGUAAAGAUUUCUGUUAACUUAAUCAUAGAUUAAUGUGGGUUAAAACACUUAUAAAUAAACAGUUGUAUGUAAUGCAAAACUUCUCAGUGUUUAGAAGUCAUAAGUAAACAACAUAUAAGGUUCUUUUAACAACUGAUUUAUUGUAGUUUUGCUGUCAUCCUACAAAUUUGUCCUACAUGUAUUUACACAUUG